AUGGCGCUGUAUACUGAAAAAUGCACCCAGUGCUCAGAUGAUCAAUAUCCAACUGAGAACCGAAUCCAAUGUAUCCCCAAAAGAAUAACCUUCCUGUCCUAUGAAGAAACUCUCAGCAUCAUCCUGAUCUCCUUUGCCCUAAUCUUGUUCCUAACCACAGGUUUUGUUUUACUCAUAUUCCUUCAAUACCGAGAAACUCCCAUUGUCAAAGCCAACAACCGGGACCUCUCCUACAUCCUCCUGGUCUCCCUCCUGCUUUGCUUCUUAUCCUCCUUGUUCUUUAUUGGCCGACCAAGGAAAGUCUCCUGCCUUCUCCGACAAGCAGUCUUCAGCAUUGUCUUCUCAAUAGCUGUGUCUUCUGUGUUGGCCAAAACGAUCACAGUGGUAUUGGCCUUCCUGGCUUCAAAACCAGGAAACAGGAUGAGAAAGUGGUUGGGGAAGAGCUUGGGCAACUCCAUCAUCCUUUCUGGUUCUGGUGUCCAGGUUAUCAUCUGUGCCUUGUGGCUAGGAAUUUCUCCCCCAUUCCCUGACUCUGACCUCCACUCCCAGCCUGAGGUGAUCAUCCUUCAAUGCAAUGAAGGUUCCAUCACCAUGUUUUAUGUUGUCCUUGGCUAUAUGUGUUUCCUAGCCACCAUUUGCUUCACUGUAGCCUUUUUGGCAAGGAACCUGCCUGGGGACCUGUCUAAUUUCCUGAAUCCUUUUGAUUUCCACGGCUUCCCUCUUUUGUCCACUUUUGCUGAAGAGACUCAAAUCCAGAGAUGGGGCAAGGAAAACACCUGA